AUGGUCAACAUCACAGAGAAAAUCAAGGAGAUCGAGGCCGAAAUGGCCCGAACUCAGAAAAACAAAGCCACAGAGUAUCACCUCGGUUUAUUGAAAGGUAAACUCGCCCGGCUACGAGCACAGCUGCUGGAGCCUGCGGCCGGAGCCGGGUCCGGUGGUGGUACCGGUUUCGAUGUCUCCAAAUCGGGUGACGCUCGAAUAGCUCUGGUCGGCUUCCCGUCGGUGGGUAAAUCUACGUUCCUGUCCAAGAUCACCAAGACCAAGUCCGAGGUGGCGGCAUACUCCUUCACCACACUCACCGCCAUCCCCGGUGUGCUCGAGUAUGCCGGUGCAGAGAUCCAGAUUCUGGAUCUGCCCGGUAUCAUCGAAGGUGCCUCGGAAGGCAAAGGUAGAGGGCGACAGGUCAUCAGUGCUGCGAAGACAUCGGACCUGAUCCUGAUGGUCCUGGACGCGACUAAACGUGCAGAACAACGCGCUCUACUCGAGGCCGAACUCGAGGCCGUGGGCAUCCGGCUCAACCGCGAACCGCCUAAUAUCUACCUGAAAGCCAAGAAAGCCGGCGGCAUGAAGAUCACGUUCCAGGCGCCGCCCAAGUAUCUGGACGAGAAGAUGCUGUACAACAUCCUGCGGGACUACAAGCUCCUGAACUGCGAGGUGCUGGUGCGCGACGAGAACGCCACAGUCGACGACUUCAUCGACGUCAUCAUGAAAGACCACCGCAAGUACAUCCGGUGCCUGUACGUGUACAACAAGAUCGACAGCGUCACCGUCGAAUACCUGGACGAGCUGGCCCGCGAGCCGCACACGGUGGUCAUGUCGUGCGAGCUGGAUCUGGGCGUCCAAGACGUGGUUGAGCGGUGCUGGCAGGAGCUGCGCCUGAUGCGCAUCUACACCAAGCGCCAGGGCGUGGAUCCAGACUUUGGCGAGGCCCUCAUCGUGCGCAGCGGCAGUACCAUCGAGGACGUGUGUGAUCAAAUCCAUCGCACCCUGAAGGAGACGUUCAAGUACGCCCUGGUCUGGGGUGCCUCGGCCAAGCAUAUCCCGCAGAGAGUCGGGCUGGGGCAUGUCGUUGCAGACGAGGACGUGGUACAGGUGGUGAGUGCUUGGAAGGCUUGA